UGACAUGACAUGGGCAAAUUGAAUUGAAUGCAAGGCCAUGACAUGACAUUCUCUGCUUAGUUCAGUUGACGUUGUCUAGCGGCCGAAUAUGUUCCCACAGUCUUCCCGUCUUCGCCGAUUCCCAAGUUCGCCGCUGAGGCGGACACCCUUGUAGGAGUAAUUGAUUAAUUAAUGUGCAUAGCUUACCUUGCCUGUCUAGGGAAUAAACAAAACAGCUUCUAUUCCCUCCCUCUCUUUGCUCUGAACACCACAGCCUUUCUGUUGCUCAUCGAAUCCUGUUCACCAUGAAGCUUCUCGGGUUGUCGUUGGCCACGGGCCUCAUCGCCCAGGGCGUGAGCGCUACACCUAAGCAGUCCAAGAAUGAGCCUCUGUUCGCGAUCCAGCCCAACAUGAUCCCCUUGGAGAAGAAUGCCGGAUCGUCUGAUUUGUUCCCCAUGCCUGAUUGCAAUGGCUUCAAGCUUGAGGAGGCUACUUUCACGGAGAUGCAGGAUGCUAUGAAGGCUGGCAAGCUUACUUCUGUUCAGCUUGUGACUUGCUACCUUAUGCGCACGUAUCAGACCAAGGAGUACCUCAACUCUGUCCUCCAGGUCAACCCCGAUGCCUUUGCCAUCGCGGCAGAGCGCGACGCCGAGCGCGCAAAGGGCAAAUGCCGUGGUCCUCUGCACGGCAUCCCCUUCACUGUCAAGGACAACAUCGCCACCAAGGAUAGCAUGGAGACAACCGCCGGCAGCUGGGCGCUCCUCGGCAACGUCGUCCCCCGCGAUGCGCACGUCGUCAAGAAGCUCCGCGACGCCGGCGCCGUCCUCUUCGGCAAGGCUGCUCUCAGCGAGUGGGCUGAUAUGCGCAGCAACGAUUACUCUGAGGGUUACUCUGGGCGCGGUGGUCAGGUUCGCAGCGCUUACAACUUGACUGUUAACCCUGGUGGUAGCUCUUCUGGUAGUGGUGUUGGCGUUGGUGCUAAUGUGAUUGCGUUUUCGCUUGGUACUGAGACCGAUGGUAGUGUUAUUAACCCCGCCAACCGCAAUGCCCUCGUUGGUAUUAAGCCCACUGUUGGUCUUACUUCUCGCGCCGGUGUCAUUCCUGAGAGUGAGCACCAGGACUCUGUCGGUUGCUUUGCCAAAAACGUCAAGGAUGCUACUCUUGUGCUUGAUGCCAUUUACGGCGUUGACAAGCGCGACAAUUACACUGAGGCCCAGAAGACCCCCAAGGGCGGUUAUGCGAAGUUCCUCACCGAUAAGAAGGUUCUCAAGGGUGCUACCUUUGGUCUUCCCUGGAAGAGCUUCUGGGCCCUUGCCGACGAGGACAUGCAGUCUCAGCUUCUCGAGCUCGUUGAGCUGAUCAAGUCUGCUGGCGCCACUAUCAUUAAUGGCACUGAGAUCACUAACUACGAGACCAUUGUCAGCCCUGAUGGAUGGAACUGGGAUUACGGUACUACUCGAGGAUUCCCCAAUGAGUCUGAGUACACCUACAUCAAGGCCGACUUCUACCGCAACAUCGAGACCUACCUCAGCGAGGUCAAGAACACCAAUGUCCGCAACCUUGAGGACAUCGUUAAGUUCAACAAGCAGUACGACGGUGUCGAGGGUGGCUACCCGUACAAGGACGGCAAGGGUAUUCCCGCUUUCGCCUCCGGGCAAGACGGUUUCCUCGCCUCUCUCAAGUCCAAGGGCGUCCGAGACGAGACAUACUGGCAAGCCCUCGAGUUCUGCCAGACUUCUUGCCGCAAGGGUAUCAACGACGCACUCACCUACAAGGGCAAGAAGCUCUCCGGUCUUCUCGUCCCUCCCCAGGUCGCCCAGGCUCCUCAGAUCGCCGCCCAGGCCGGUUACCCCGUCAUCACCAUCCCCGGCGGUUACUCCAAGGACUCUGGAAUGCCUUUCGGCCUCGGAAUAAUGCAGACUGCGUGGGCUGAAGCUGAGCUUGUCAAGUGGGCUAGCGCGAUUGAGGAUCUUCAGCGAUCUACUGAUGCUCCCUCAAAGCGUCGCCUCCCCAAGUUCCUUGGAUACCUUGAGCGCAACGUUCCUGUGCCCUUUUGAGGUGUGAGCCAAUUGAUGCGCAUUUUGGAUCGUAUAUAAUAGUAGACAGCAAUACGUAACUUUUAAUGAUAUUAUGGCUGAAGCCUCAAUCAAUGCUGUACGGUCGCAAUCGGACUUGUGUAACAGAGAACAUUCCAUGA